UUGGGCGUGCUAGUCAAUGAGUGGGAAUACAAUGGCGUCCGCAAAGAACACAUCCACAAGCGCUGGACCAUCUGCCCCCGGGGAGGGACGACCUGUAUAGCAACCUACUCCUCAGUAUAUGCACACAAAGGGAGCACCAUGGUUUUUGGACUUCGUUGUUCAGGGGGACCUUUUGGGCCAGCUGUUUUCAUGCGACCCACUUGCGUUACAGACGCUGGGGGAGCGGUCAAUGUUGUUCCUCUCCGUAUCGUCGUCUCGUGCGCGAAGACUCCUGGAGGUUUGCUCAAGCUGCACACUAAUGGCGUGUACGACGAGUGCAGACUGCCUAUUAGAGGUGUUAAAGGUGUGUUGGUGACCAUCAAGAUUUUCACGGGGUACGGCUCGAACAUGCCGUUGUGCUCUUCAUUCAAAGGCCUUUACGAUGGCGGCAGCAAGCGUCUUCCAUCGCCAGAGCAAUAUCUCGAUCUCGCGCUGAUGGUGCCGAAAGAACGUCCGGACUUGCAUUCUCAGGGUACAGGGACUCAACGGGUCGGUACUCCGAAACUUAUCAAGGUCCGCUGCGACGCCGACACGUAUUCACUUCGAGAUGAGACGAGAAGAGAUUCAAGCAGAUCGGGGCUAGAUGUUGGAUGGAAUGAGGCCGAAGGGAUGGGCGCUGUUCGCGAAAGCUCUGGCGGGGAGCAGACUCCUUCGGAAAAGAAGAGCGAGCGACAGAGGAUGGUGCGACAGGAGGUGGCAGAAGGAACCCUCCGCAUGAAGAGGAUGAGAGGAAAACCGGAGGCGUUGAUGGGCGGGGAUGGAGGUGGCGACGGAGAACAUGCCUCGGGAAAGAAGCCGACGAAGGAAGAGGGUGGGAUGGCAAGUAAGAAAGCGAGGAGGCCCGACGAUUUGACCAUCCGCGAAGGACAAGCCGCGGGUCGAGGAGAUUCGGCUGAUCCAGGCGCUGCGGCCGCGAGAGAACCUUCGUGGAAAUCGAAACGGAAAGUGGCAGCUGAAGAAGGCGAUGGCCAGAAGAAACCUCGAAGGCGGAAGACUGCUGAGGCGGCGAGCCGUGGCGAAGGGCCUGUCGGUCAGGAGUGCGACGAAGCGGCAGCGUUCUGGCUCGAAUACGAGCGGAACGAUGUCGGUGAAAUCGUGGAGAAGGAGCUCCCCGUUCUGCUGCUCAUCGACCCCAGGAAGGUCUGCGACAUCCCGCCUGGGGAAAGAUAUUACAACCACCGCAGUCUAAGUCGCGAAACUGUGGACGACAUCAAGGAUGCGAUGCUGAGUCAAUUCCGCGAGAAGAUGUGGACGAAAAACCCUCUCGUUUUGGCACCCAUCUACAAGCCGGUGAUGCGUAGGCCGGAGCAAGCUGACAGGGUUCACAAAGAUGUCUUCAAGCCAGAGGACAAGGACAAGUACUACUAUUACCUUGUUAACGGACAACACACCGUGGCUGCUGUGAACGAGUUGGAGGGUGAGCAGAUAUUCGAUUUGUGGAAGAUGCACUCGUGGGCAGCGAGAGUAGUGUGGUUCUCCGACCGAGAUUUCGCGGGGUAUAGGCAGGUCAGUCUCAACGAAAACACGAGACACAAGAUGUCUAAGCAGCGAUCGCAGAAGGCCAUGUUCUUGGACAUGCGGGAGGCAUGGGAGAACGAAGGAAGGUCUAUGGCCAUUCAAGGGAAUCUUUCCGGCAAGGAGGCCGAAAAACAAAAGUUUUUCAAUUUCCAAAAGUUGAUUUUGGGAAAGAGACUGAAUGAAUCUCACUGGGCGUUGUCAAAAAAAGAUUUGCCGCUCGCCGACAAGGAGUAUGUCGUUGCCGUUGGCAAUGCAUUGAGGCAGUGGAUGACGCUCGUGACGGCCGGUGAUAACGUUUUCCGCAAAGCCAUGGAGUUCUACGCGAAAUGGGCGGAGGGGAAGUUGUUGGGCGGUGACGGCAAGACGCCAUUGUUGAGGCCGGGCAAAUACAUGCUAGACAAAUCUCCGGGUCUGCAAGCAAUUCCGGAAAUGGGCUUGAAAGGGGCGGCUGGUGAAACGAAGAUGGGGUGGCUGGUCCGGGUCCCGCCGCCUCCGACCAAAAAGAAAACGCAACCGGACGACAAGUUUUUCGUGGUCGUAAAGGAGCCAGACAUGUUCUAUUGGCAGUCUCUCGCCGACAUGACCGAUGUCGAGAAGUUGUCGAUCCUCGCCGACAUUCUCGCACUACGGGGAGUGUUCGUGCAAUCCGCGGGCGGCCAUCUGAAGCGUCAGCAUAAACCUGGAAUAAAAGACAUGGUCGCGACGAGAAGUUCGAGAGGCAUGGCCAGGCUUAGCGUCCAUCACGUCAGGACAGGGAAGUGGGUACGUAAUGCACAAAAGCAGGUCACUGUCCAGGAAGGCAAUAUGCUGGUUGAGGAGUGUGACCGCCUGUACGUGAUUUUUAAUGGCGAGAAGCUGGAAGACAACACAUUCGCAGUCUACCCGGCCAGUAGCCCGACAAAGCCUUCCCGUGCUCAUGGUCCAAGUCUGGCCAAACACACGGUGGCAAGCCGCUCGAAAGUUGUCUGUUCGUCGGACCCAUCAGGACAGGCUGUGGCGUGUUUCGACGUGGCGGAAGAGGAAAGGUUCUCUCGUAGCAUGUGGGAGGACGGCGGCGUGACAAGUUCUCAAGGACCUGCUUACGGGGAAAUGGAGCGGAACCCAUCCCGUCUACUUGGUCUACUCGAAAACUUUUGCAAAGCUGGUCAAACUGUUUUUUUCUUUGGGAAGGCGCAUGCGUCCAAUGUGUGGAAACUCCUGCGCACCGGUCGGAACGUCGUCGCGUUGGAGAAGGAGGCGAAGAUGAUCGAUUACUUUCACGAGUUCGUGAAGGCACGCGUUGCAGACACUCGCAAUGCUUGCGAGUUUUCACGGUCCACCGGCGAACGAAACUGGGAUCCCAAACGUGACAUGUAUUGGAAAUUGUCGGGGAACAAAAGGACGGACGUUUGGGACUUCCUUUUCGAACCCGGACCGCCUGGUCCGACCGACCUCGAAUACAGUCGACGGAGAAACCUGGUGUUCGUUGUGCUCAAUGGGUACCACGGUGCACCCAAGGAGUCUGUCUCGCACUUCCUGAGAAGGCUGGAGCACGUUUACUUCACGCUGGCCGAACCGCUCACUCUCGAAAACUACAAGUCRMAGUUUGACGAGGAGGACCCUUUCGACGCUGAAGACAUGGAGGAGCUGAGCGACUCCGAAACCUUCGAUUUCGAGUCCAUGYCACUUCCUCGGGUGGUUGGACAGGUUGGUGAURAAGAGGAAGGUGGCCCUCGGAGAUAUAGCACGUCCCCUGCCAGUUUGAAGCGUGUGUUUCGGGGCGAACCAGUCGACGACCAAUCGUCUGAUGACGGGGAGGAAGAGAGAGACUAUGAUCACGAACCUUGUGACAGGCUCCCUGUGGACCAUGACACCUGGCAGAAUGACAGACUCUACUUCUUCGUCAAGCAUCACCGGUUCACGUUGGAGGAUGUCUGGGGACACAACUUCGUCUGGCACCCGAGGAUAUUCCAACCUGCUGUGAGGAAUGGAAUAUGGGUCAUGGCAAUAAAGGAGGCCGAUUGCAAGUGGAGUGGACUGAAGAGACUGGGAGCGGGUGCAUUUAAGAGAAAGGCAAGAACUGCUCUGGUGGAGCAUUUGAAUCUCAUGAACCCCAAGAGGAACGAUCAGGACGUCAAUGCGUAUGCAGAACAAAAGCUACAUGAGUUGUACGCCAACAACAUGUUGGAGUUUCGAGCGCCUUUCUACGCACUCGAAACGGCAUCGUCUCGUGGCAUUGACUGGCGCAUGCCACAACCUCCGCCGGCCGGUCAGCAUCCGGGAGGGGGUGGUGGAGGAGACGAAGGAGACGGCGGAGGUGGCGGAGGAGACGGCUCACAGUUUGCCGAAAAGGGGACGGGCGAGAUAUCGUCGGUUGAGAAGGCGUCCGGCGAAAAGAGGUCGGGCGGAAAGGGGUCGAGCGGGAAGCGGUCGGGCGGGAAGGGGUCGGGCGGAAAGCGUAGAACGUCCGAGAGUCCCCAAUAUAUGGAAACUGACCCCCAGUGCGUAGGGAGUCGAGAUUCCGACAUGCGAGACGAGGCCACCCUGACGUCUGAUCAAGUGCGAGUAGAUUCGCACUUGUCGGCGAGGAGUUUGUUUCCCGUUGCCCAGGAGAGUCCAUCCCGCCGUGGGCAGCAGAGGUCUCCUGUGCUCAACACCUUGCUCCUGAAAGAGGGCGCGUCUUCGUUUUGCCUGGAGGGCGGGAUGCCUGCAUUGCGAAGGAGCGAAGGUGCGACCUCCGGUUCCCUCGGCUCGGGCGACCUCCACAAACUCCGAAUACAUUCGGAUUUGCUGACGUCGCCCUCUGCCAUAAGUGCUCCUCACGCAACAGUUCCGCGGGGCCAAGAAAAUGUGACGUCCUGGCCCCCGCAUCUUCAGUUGGACAUAGGGUUACCCUGCUCGCCUCCCUUCUCAUGUGUUGAGACUCGAGACUGGCGGUCUCGCGACGUGCUGGAGGGGCCCGCUCCAGGAGUGUUGGAGACCGUGGGUAGCGAGAACGAACGUCACACUCCUGGGGAAGACGAGCGCUCUCCGGGAACGCGCGUUGUACAUCGGGAAGAGGAAACUCGACGCUGGCCGUCUCCCAAAGUGGUGGAGACCGGGGGUAGCGAGUGUGAACGUCAUGCUUCGGAGGGUGCGUCCGUGGACACUGACAGCGAGAGUGCAGGAACUCCGGGGGAAACGCAUGUUGUACAGCGGGGAGAAGACACUCAACACGGGCCGGCUCGUGAAGACGUGAAGUGGCUCCACGCACGAGCGCUGGUGAUCGGGACGUCCGAAGAGGUUCGGUACAGUCGCUCGGCUGUGGCCACGACGCGAGAGGGUGUCGUUAAGGGAGGUCAGUGGACGUCCGUGCAAUCUCCCGUUCUUGGCGACGAUGAAGACGAAGAAGAACCCGUGGUGGAAGCUCGGGUUCAUGGCGAUGAGAAAGGCGGAGAACCCGUGGUGGAAGGCUGUGAGGUGACUGCCGACAUCCGGACGGAUCCACAGCGGAAAGAUGGUGAUUCUUCGCCCACCCGUUGUGGUGAAGAACAGGGUGGUCGAGCGUCUGUCGUGAGCACCGCUCGGGGAAUGCUGCUUCGUGAAGCCAUAGAGUUGGGUGACGACUCGGCAGCCAUCGAGCUGGUUAGCGACUCAGGCGUAGCCGAGAUGCAGAACGUCGAAUCCUCCGUAGAACGCGGUGAGGUGGCCGGUGAUCGAGCAUCUGUCCUCAGUACCGGUCGGGAAAUGGUGCUUCAUGAACCCAUCGACUUGCCAAGCGGCUCAGUUGCCACCGAGCUGGUUAGCGACACAGCCGUGGCCGAGGUCCAGAACCUCGAAUCGUCCGUGGACGUUGGCGCAGUGGCGCGACAGGAGGGCGAGUUCCCUCAAAGGGCUCUCGAGCACGGUGUGAGGUUGUUAAUGUCCCUGCCCAUGAAGCCUUUAAAAGUCGUGCGCGAGAAACGUCUUUCAGGGAGGUCAUUGGCCGCUUCACCGAAGAAGUCGUCAAGUGUAGGGUUGUUUAAAAGGGUCCAGAUGCCUCGCCUUUCCCAGAGAGCUGUCAGGGUUUUGGAGGCUUGUGGAAUAGAUAAGGAGGAAGGUCUGCGGAAAUAUUUGGCUGCGUCUAUUGAGAGCGUUACUGCUUUGUUUGACGGGUCUGAUGACGAUGGCAAACGGGGUGUCUUGAAAGACCCGUGUCCUAAGUACAUCACGAAGGACACAUUCAACAAGCGGGGAUACAACUUUUCUGGGAAAAGGACAGACAGUUCUUAGCCAUUCCACCACGGGGUUUGUGCUCACUCCUCACACUUAUUCGUGGGUGUUUGUGCAGCAGGGGCUACGUCAUGUUUUCGCGUU